GCUUUAUCCGUUCCCGUAUUAAUUAGUUUGUUUUGAUCAUUAAAGUUUGUGGUUUUGGUUCUUCAAAUAUUCCCGUCUGAUGCAUUGCAUAGUAUCUCGUUAGUAGUUUGUGCGUGAAAUCUAAAUCUAUCUACAAGAAAGAGCUGAGUUCGAGCUACUGUCUCUUUGGGAUGCUAAUUAGAUAUCUUGUUUUUCAUCAAAGGCGCAGUUUUACAACUUGUAGAAAUAACAGUGUUCAAAUAAAAAUCAAAAAUGAAUUCCCUGGAACAACUUCAAGAUUACAUCAAGACUAAAAACAAUUCUAGAAACUUUAUCAAUAUAUCAGACGUCCCAGAAGUAUGUAAAACAGAACCUUGUAUGCUAGGAGUAGACGAAGCUGGUAGAGGCCCAGUACUAGGACCAAUGGUAUAUGGUAUUGCGUACUGUCCUGUAAACAAAAACAGUAUACUGGAAUCCCUUGGGUGUGCUGACUCCAAAGCAUUGACUGAAGAAAAACGAGAUGAGAUUUUAUUGAAAAUGUUCACUAAUGAUGAUGCAGUAAACAAUGUGGGGUGGGCUGCUGAAAUUAUAUCUCCAAGUUAUAUUUCAAAUUCAAUGUAUAAGAGGGCAAAACAUUCUUUGAAUGAGGUUUCAAUGGACUCUGCUAUUAAACUUAUAAAAAGAGUUGCAGAAUCUGGGGUCAAUUUAACAGAAGUGUAUGUGGACACAGUUGGUCCUCCUGAAAAAUACCAGGCUAGGUUAAGUCAAAUAUUCCCUGAUUAUAAAAUCACAGUUGCAAAAAAGGCUGACUCAAUCUACCCUAUUGUGUCGGCGGCUAGUAUAGUGGCUAAGGUCACCAGAGAUCAUUGUUUAAAAGUUUGGCAUUUCCAAGAAGGUUUGGAGAUGAGCUAUAAAGAGUUUGGUAGCGGCUAUCCUGGAGAUCCCUUAACAAAGAAGUUUAUUAGAGAUCAAAUUGACAAAGUAUUUGGUUAUCCAUCUUUAGUGAGGUUUAGCUGGUCAACGGCAGAAGUAAUGCUGCAAGGUAAAGCAGCCACCUGCACAUUUGAAGAUGUUGACGACGAUGGACAGACUAAGAAAGCAAACACAAAAUCCAUUAGUUCAUUUUUUACUAUGCCCAAUGAGAAUGGAACGAAAAAGAGGAAAAGACACAAGUUUUUCGAGGAAAGGUAUUUGUCUAUGAAGAAUGCAUUUGAAUAAUUAUUACAUGAAUGAGGCAACCUAUAAUUGAUAAGAAUAACUUUGUACAAUAAAGUGAUGGUUUU